AAACAUUACUGUAUUAUUAUUAGUACCAGUUUGCUUUACAGUUAAGAGUACUCGACAGGCGGCAGUGGCAACCCAACAACAUUCAUACACACACACACAAAAAAAAGUAUACUAGUAGGGAACUGAAACCAAAACAUGGAGCGCAGUAGUGCAGAUCGAUUGUUCAUUUCUCGGCUGCGCCGUACUACGCGGUUCGCCGCCUGAAAUUGUUUCCGAGGGCAUCCAAUCCACAUAUCUUUUUCACAAAGGUUUUGCUGUUGGGUGUCGACUGUCGACGCAAGAAAGAGACCGCCUUUUGCUGCUAUAAUUUCAUUCCCUUUUCCCGGCUGUCCAAAUCCAUAGCCGUAGACCGACGCAAGCAGGCAGGCAGGCGUAGGUGAGGUCUACCCGCCCGCCCAACAAGUUUCCAAGCGUUCCCUCUCAUGCUUGCUUGACGUGGAGUGGUUAGGUCACACGCACGCACCUCAUCGCCCACCCCUCCACCGCCGCGCCCGCGCCGGUCCCCAGCCACAGCCAAGAGAACACGCACGAAAGACGAAGAAGAAGAAGAAAAACGGCAGUAGAUGAGCGGCGGCAAGCCGGCAGCCGGUUGAUGACCGAAAGAUUUUUAACCAAACCACGAGCAGCAGCAACGAGACGUAGCUUUCCAUACAUCGGCUGUCCUGUCCUUCCUUGUUUAUCCCCACAGCAAUAACUUCCUCUUCUGCUGACACUGGCCUGGGAAGUGGGAUUCUGAUGCCAAUUUAAUUGGCCAGGUAGGCGCCCUGAAUUGCCACACCUACCGGCCCGCCCCAACCCAAUCAUACAUCCAUACGGCUACGAGCGACGGAGCGAGCGAGGGAAGUUGAUGUUGUAGAUGCCAUCCUUCCUCUCCUCCUUCCGGAUCGUAGUCGUGGCUUGACUCAGCGUAGCGGCCAGGGCAGCGGCCAUGUCGUCGUCGGUCCGGCACGGCUCGUCGAGGGGCCAGGCAUGGUUCUGCACCACGGGCCUGCCCAGCGACGUCGUCUUCGAGGUGCACGACAUGACCUUCCACCUCCACAAGUUCCCGCUCAUGUCCAAGAGCCUCAAGAUCCACCGCAUGCUCAGCGAGCAGGAGGACCAGCGUCCGACGCGGGGACGGCGGCAGCGGAGGAGACAGGUGAGGAGCAGUGACGGAGACGAUGACGGUGCUGCGGAAACAGAGAUCGAGGAGGAAGAAGCCGAGCCUGAGCAGCAGCAGGUUAGGACGGAGGGGGAGGGCGACGGGCAGCCGUACUGCAUUGCGUUCCCCGACUUCCCGGGCGGGCCGGGCACGUUCGAGGCGGCCGCCAAGUUCUGCUACGGCGUCCGCGUGGACCUCACCCCCUGGAACGUCGCGCCGCUGCGGUGCGCGGCCGAGUACCUGGAGAUGACGGAGGACCACGCCGAGGACAACCUCGCGGCGCGCGCGGAGGCGUACCUGGACCAGGCCGUGCUGCGGCACCCCGGCGACGCCACCAAGGCGCUCAAGUCCUGCGAGGAGCUGCUGCCGCUCGCCGAGGACCUCGGCAUUGUGUCCCGCUGCGUGGAGGCCAUCGCCGCGCGCUCGUCGUCCGCGUCGCGGUCCUGGUUCGACGACCUGGCCGUGCUCGGCCUGCGCAUGUACAAGCGGGUGAUGGCGGCCAUGGCCGCGCGCGGCGACGUCAGGGCGGAGGCCAGGGAGAGCUGCCUCGUGUCCUACGCCAGGGGCACCAUCCCGGGGCUGUCGAGGUCCAUGCGGCGCCGCCUCGCGUCCGCGCCCGUGUCCUCCGAGGUGGAGCAGAAGGAGCUCCUCGAGGCGGUGGUCGCCAGCCUCCCCGCGGACAAGUGCUCGGGGCGCGUCGUCACCGCCAAGUUCCUCUUCGCGCUGCUGCGGACGGCGCACAUCUUGCGCGCGUCGGACGCCGCGCGCGCGGCGCUCGAGCGGAAGGCCGCCACGCAGCUGCAGCAGGCCGCGCUGGAGGACGUGCUCAUCCCGAGCUACUCCGGCACCGCGGAGACGCUCUACGACGUGGACUGCGUCCAGCGGAUCGUCAGGUAUUUCCUCGCGGAGGAGGAGCUCGGCGGGGAGGCGUCGUCUUCGGCCGCGAUCGAGGAGGAGGAAGCGGUGGCCGUGGCGCGGCCGUCCGCCGUGGUCAUGGUGCAGGUGGGCAAGCUGGUGGACAAUUACCUCGCCGAGGUCGCGUCAGACGCCAACCUCAAGCCCGCCAAGUUCUGCGACCUCGCGCUUUCGUUGCCCGACCAUGCCCGUAUCUACGACGAUGGCGUCUACCGCGCCGUCGACAUCUACCUCAAGGCGCACCCGCGGCUGACAGCGGAGGAGCGGGACCGGGUGGUGGGCGUGGUGGACUGCCGGAAGCUGACGGUGGAGGCGUGCACGCACGCGGCGCAGAACGAGCGGCUCCCGCUGCGGGCGGUCCUGCAGGUGCUCUUCUUCGAGCAGCUGCAGCUCCGGCGCGCCAUCGCGGGCACGCUCCUGGCGCCCUCCGCCGGCGCCGCUCCGCGCGAGGCUGCGGCGUGGCGAGGCGCGACGGCGCUGGCGCAGGACAGCCAGGUGCUGCGGCUGGACAUGGACAGCAUGGCGAGCCGGGUGCAGGAUCUGGAGCGCGAGUGCUCCAGCAUGCGCAGGGCCAUCAAGAAGAUCGACGGGCGCGGCGGCAGCGGCAGCGGCAGCCGGUCCCCCGGCGGCCGCAGCGCGGACGGGUCCAGGCCCGCGGCGGGCGGGUGGAGGGCGCGGCACGGGUGCAAAUUCAGCACGCAGGUGUGCGACUCGCACGCGCGCAACGUGGUGGCGUCCAGGGCGUCCAGGAUGGGGAUGAGCCCGUAGCCACCGCUCGUGCAGUGCGGCCGUCCUCUCCGUCCGGCGCUCUCGGUCCAGACAUGGGAUUUCUCACGCGAUCGCGAUUCACAGUGACACACGACCAGAGAGAUCAGCACGGGAAGAGAAUGGCUGAGAAGUUCCAGAUCUUUUACCGCUCCAAGUCUCAGCACCAGCCUCUCAGGUCUCGCACGUUUUUACAUCUCUCGUUCGUGGACGUGAGAGGUGUGAUGGCCAUUUGUUCGUUUGUUGUGCGUGUCGUGUCGCCCCAAAUGGGCGUGGAUCCGUGUGAGUUGUCUUGUCUGUGCCGGAGGGAGGGCGGUCUGUAACUCGCCAGCAAGCCGUUUCCAUUCAGCUUGUUUCUACUACUCGAUUGCGCCGUGCAUAUCCGGUUGGAUUUUUUACUGUACUAAUGUGGGUUCUGAUGUAUAAAAGUUCAGAUAAUACCCACCA